AAACGUCAUACCGGAAGUGUUUAGCCAUUGUAGAGAGGAAGUAGUUUGAUACACAUUUCAGGUUUUAUUUCUGCAACUUUAUUUAUGUUUCGACGGUUAUUGUUGAGGAGUUGUCAUGGUAGUUAAUUUACCACAGAUUAGUUUUGGUUCUGUAAUGUGAGUCUGGACAGAACCGUCGGUUUGAUACACUUCAGGAUGUACACCUUGCUGUCAGGUCUUUACAAAUACAUGUUUCAAAAAGACGAAUAUUGCGUUUUGAUUCUUGGACUCGAUAAUGCAGGCAAAACGACCUUUCUGGAGCAAACAAAAACGAAAUUUAGCAAGAACUACAAAGGAAUGAGUCUUUCCAAAAUCACCACCACGGUCGGUCUGAAUAUUGGCACUAUAGAUGUAGGCAAAGCACGUCUGAUGUUUUGGGAUCUUGGAGGACAAGAAGAGUUACAGUCACUAUGGGACAAAUACUAUGCAGAAUCUCAUGGAAUUAUCUAUGUAAUUGACUCCACUGAUGAAGAACGUUUGACUGAGUCAAAAAAUGCCUUUGAGAAGAUGAUUAGUAGCGAGGCUCUUGAAGGCGUUCCUCUUCUGGUACUUGCAAAUAAACAAGACGUAGAGAAUUGUUUGUCUGUACCUGACAUUAAGACAGCGUUCAGUGACUGUGCACCCAAAAUUGGGAAACGGGACUGUCUGGUCCAGCCCUGUACUGCUCUGACAGGUCAGGGGGUAAAUGAAGGAAUUGAGUGGAUGGUAAAGUGUGUGGUUCGGAACAUUCAUCGUCCACCUCGACAGAAAGACAUUACAUAAGCGUGUGUGUGUGUGCGUCUCCUGAUCUGUGAGAAAUCAGUCCAGGUGAAUUUUAUUGCAGUGGUUGCAUUUAUCCCAGCUUCUUGUCUAACACUAAAGCACCAGCUACAGAGGAUGGGCAUGUGCUCAUGUACAAAUUGGAGUGUACUUUGAUGUUGUGCUGUGGUGGGGCGUGGUUUUUUGAGGCUUUUUUUGGGGGGGUGUUGUUUGUUUUUUUAUGUUUUGUGUGCGCGCUGUGGUGCAGUUGUUCCUUUUGGAGCAAUUCUCUCUGUUCAACAGGAUGGAAGUAUAGAAAUGAGUUUUGUUUCUGUUUACUAAUACUAAAAUAUUAUUGAAAUAAUCUAGAUAUUCUACAUUGAACAUAUAAAAAGGAGGAAUCUUUGCCCAGCAGCUUUAGGUUUUUUUUUUUUCCCCCUUUGUUUUGAAACCCUGCCACAUCAGAUUUUUAACAACUUGUCUGUAUAUAAAUUCUGUAAUAAACACCAUUGUUGAAAACUAA